GCCCGGCAGUGCGCUCUGCCCUCCCCACCGUUUUGGGGUGAAAAAGCGUGUUUUCGGGUUGGGGCGCUGCCCCUUUAAGGUGACGACGCUCAGCGAAGGGAAGCGCUCUCUCGUUCGAGGGGGAGCGGGCGGUACCCGGAUGUUGCCGCGGCUCCUGAUUGGCUGUUUGAAGCGGGGCGGGGCAGCCCUGUCGGCGUCGCGGGCAGAACCCGGAAGCGCUGAGGGGAGGCGGCGGCAGCUUUGAUGUGUGGGGCUAUGCCUGACCACGCUGACAUCAGCCUCCCACCGGAGGAGCGAGUGCGACGACUGAUCCAGGUGGGAAGUGCUGUGGAAGUGAAUGAGGACAUCCCGCCACGACGCUACUACCGCUCUGGGGUGGAAAUCCUCCGCAUGGCCACCAUUUACUCUGAGGAGGGCAACAUGGAGCAUGCCUUUAUCCUGUACAACAAAUACAUCACGCUCUUCAUCGAGAAGCUGCCACAGCACCGUGAUUACAAAACUGCUGUCAUACCUGAGAAGAGGGAGACAGUGAAAAAACUGAAAGAAGUAGCCUUCCCCCGAGCUGAAGAGCUCAAGAAGGAGCUGUUAAAGAGGUACGCCAAGGACUAUGCUAAGUACAAGGAGCAGAAGAAAGCGGAGGAAGAGGCAUUUGCACGCAAUUUGGCUUUGCAGCAGCAGCUGGAGGAGGAGAGGAAUCGGGUGGCCCUGAUGAAGCAGCAGCAGGCAGAGCAAGAGCAGUUCCAUGUCUUUGAGGAGAUGAUCCGACGACAGGAGCUGGAGAAGGAGCGCCUGAGGAUAGUGCAGGAAUUUGGACAGCCAGAACCAAGUCCUAUGGCUCUGGAUGGGCCCCUCAUCCCUGGCAUGGAAAAGCCCCCAACUGAUUCAAUCCCAGUCUCUCCAGUUCAUCCUGCAAGUCCAUCAGCGGGGACUGUCUCAUCCAAACCUCCUGUUGUGGACAGGUCUUUGAAACCCAGUGCUUUGGGAAGCACAGAAAACAAUGCAGGCAUGGGCAUCCUUCGCCAGGUCAUUGUCCCUAGGGAGCUGUGUCAGAAAUUCCUCCAGCUGGCUGAUGCCAACACAGUCCGGGGUGUGGAGACAUGUGGGAUCCUCUGUGGUAAGCUGAUGAGGAACGAGUUCACCAUAACCCACGUCAUCGUUCCCAAGCAGCACGGGGGGCCCGAUUACUGCAACACAGAGAAUGAGGAGGAGCUCUUCAUGAUCCAGGAUCAACACAGCCUUGUGACACUGGGCUGGAUCCAUACUCACCCCACGCAGACAGCCUUCCUCUCCAGCGUCGACCUGCACACACACUGCUCCUACCAGAUGAUGUUGCCAGAGUCCAUUGCUAUCGUGUGUUCUCCAAAAUACCAGGAGACAGGGUUUUUCAAGCUGACAGAGCAUGGCCUGGACGAGAUCUCUUCCUGCCGGCAGAAAGGAUUCCACCCGCACUCCAAAGACCCCCCUCUCUUCACUACCUGCAAUCACGUGUCAGUAGUCGAGAGAGACGUAGUCCUGAUGGAUCUCCGAUAGGCCUCUUGCCUUAAGCACAUACAGGAAAGCAUCUACCCAGUUUCUGAGCCUAGGGAAUUGGUUUUGUCUCCUGUAGCAGAUGAUUUCCACCGUGUAGUGAUCUUUCCCCUUCCUCGCCCAAUAAACGCGGUGAAAUCGGUGCCCUGACCUCAGUGGGAGCAUGUGAAACCUCAGUGCCUGGCAUCAGACUGGUGAAGUGGUGCUGAGGUUCAGGGUGUGGGGAGAAGCUAACUGGGAAUUCAGAGAUGGGAGCUAACAGCAAUUGUUUAAUACUCUAAUCUAUGGCUUAAAUAGCUUCUGGGGAGGGGAUUCCUCAUGAUUCGCUGCAAACAUGAGCUGGGGCAACCUCUUCAAGUGCUUUCCAAAGUGGGAUUUGCCCAGAUUAACCCUUGCUAAACCCAUGUUUUGCCUCCCUGGGUUGCUGUGGUCCCAGUGCAGCUGGCUGGAGUAGGUAAGUCUUUGUUUUAGUUUAAGAUUAAACCUUCCUAACCCCUCUUACCCCAUGCCAGAGCUUAUCACUGCUGAGCCAGACCAUGCCCUGCUUGCUGGUACUCAGGUCUUUGCCUAGUGAGGUAGGAAGAGGCCUAAACUGCUUUGGGAACCCCUGUUUCGGGGGAGAAGGUGCUUUGAUGCACAAGCUGCUUCAUUGCAGCACUGCUGAGGGGGGUCUGCUUGCCUUAUUCCUUUUCCUGGAGGGAGGGAUUUGCUCCAGGCCUUGUGCUGCCUGAUGAGGGCUCAGGUUCAGCUCGUUGCUGGUGUUACCAUGGAUGAAGCUCUCAGUCUCUUGCUGUCCUGUGAAGGCUCUGCAAGGCCACCACACCUCUGAGGUGGGACUCCAGCAGCUUUUGCCACUUGGAUCCUCCAAGAUCAUCAUGGCCAAUGGUCCCUACGCUUCUCCAAGCAGUGUGAAGUCUGUCCUUGCCAAAACCAGCGCUCCGUGACACCGCUGUGGUGCGGUACCAGCCGGGGACCUCCCAGUUCCUUUGGUGGGAUUCCAAGCUUCCCAGCCUGUCCAUGGCAGAGCCUCCACCCUCGCUGAAAGGGAAGCAGCAGCACUGAAAGGUGGAAGGCAUCUGGCCUCAAAGGCCUGAGCAUGAUCCGCAUCAUCUCCACAUCCUCUGGCAGGAUGCUCUGAUGAUCAGCACAUGGCCGUGAGGGGAGGACGAAGAGGCUGGAGUUGCCUUCCCACGUGGCACGCAUACAUACGUGUUCUGUAUGUCACAUCCUUGUACUUCCACAUCCCACAUCGUUUGGUGCAGUUUAACACAGAUGGAUUGUAUUAUCCUG